CCGGUUGCAGACUGCAGCCCCGCUGACGAAAGUCAUAGGCUCUAGAAAGCUAGAGAGGGAUGCGAAGGAGGCUGGAGGGUUUUGCCUGGGCUCAGGGCUAGCAAGACCAUUUCUCGGAAGCUCACAGUCGCUCAGGCAUCGCAGGCUGCCCGGGUCCUCCAGACAGAGACAGAGCGGCGUCUCUAUGAUCAAAGAGACAUAGAGCGGUCCUCUCUUCCCCACCAGGUGGGACUGCGCAUGUGCGGAAGCUGCAGCCUCGAACCAUGGCGGAAGAAGGGGAAAGAAAAAAGAUCCCUUUGGUUCCAGAAAAUCUCCUGAAAAAGAGGAAGGCUUAUCAGGCUCUCAAAGCCACCCAAGCAAAGCAGGCACUUUUGGCAAAGAGGGAGAGGAAAUCAAAAGAAGUCAGGUUUAAACGACUGGAAUCAUUUGUACGUGAUUCCUGGCGGCAGCGGCGUGACGAUGUGCGGGUCCGGCGACUAGAAGUGAAGCCUCAUGCGUUGGAAGUACCUGAUAAACACCCCUUGGCCUUUGUUAUACGCCUGGAAAGGACAGAAGGAGUCAGUUUAUUGGUAAAGAAGACAAUAGCAAAACUUCGCCUGAAGAAAUUGUUCAGUGGUGUCUUUGUCCUUGUCACCCCUCAAAGUGUGAAGCUGCUGCGCACAGUGGAGCCUUAUGUGACAUGGGGAUUUCCAAAUCUGAAGUCUGUUCGGGAGCUCAUCUUGAAACGAGGCCAGGCAAAGAUUAACAAUAAGACUGUCCCUCUGACAGACAACACAGUGAUUGAGGAGCACCUGGGGAGAUUUGGUGUCAUUUGCCUGGAAGACCUCAUCCAUGAAAUUGCCUUCCCAGGGGAGCAUUUCCAGAAGAUCUCUUCAUUCUUGUGCCCUUUCCAGCUCUCUGUGGCCCGUCAUGCCACCAAGAAUAGAGUGGGCUUCCUCAAGGAGAUGGGCUCUCCUGGCUACCGGGGUGUACGCAUCAAUCAGCUCAUCCGCCAGCUGAACUAGACAGGGACCAGGACUCCAAAAGCACAGUGCAUUGGAAGAGUGCUUUUUGUUAUUUAAAAUUAUCAAGUAUCUUCAGAGAAGAUUAUUUUCUGCUUUCAGCACCUGGAAGGAGGCGGAGAGACAGACAGCAGGGUUUGAGCAUUGCACCCUGCCCUGUUCCAUGGAAAAAGACUUUGUUCUCCACAACGGCUGCCCCUGCCUCCAAAACCCAUGCAGGCCAUGUAGGAAAGAGUUGCCCUGCUUCGUUCUGUAUAUUAUCUUGGUGUUUAAUGUUGACGGGCAAGUGGCCCAAACAUCCCUCCCACCCUUCCAGGACUCCAGCAAUGGGCCAGACCCCAGGGGCAUACUUGAACCUGGAAGAAAAGAGUCUUGGUUUUUACCUAUUUUAUUUUUGUCAUCGCAGGUGGCUUUUUUUGUUGUUUGUUUAGGACAACGUCUCACUGUGUAAUCGUGGCUGGCCUUAACUCUAGCCAUCUUCCUAAGUGCUGAGAUUACAGGCGGUGUGUGCCUCGGAACCUAUUCCUGAGACGUGAAAUGCAGUUAGGAAGGUGACAAAAGCCAUGCUUGGUUUUGUGCUAUGAGGCCAUGUUGCAACUUCAGUGUUGGCUUUGA